CAGCGCCGCCCGCCCGGAAACAUGUCGCCGCCGCUCUUCAGCCUGCCUGAGGCGCGGCUCCGCUUCACGACAUCCACCAGAGAGGCUCUGAUUAACAAAAGCAUCAAGCCGUUGCUGAAUGCAUUUAACCAGGUUCCUGGAAGUGAAAAUGAAAAGAAGUGUACCUUGGAUCAGGCUUUUAGAGUUGUUGUAGAAGAAGAAAUAAUAAACAAAGCUCCGUGUGAGAAUCUCCUGGCAAUUAUUUCUCUUGCCAUUAAUGGAGUCACAGAAGGUAUCUGCACUGCAUCAACUCCUUUUGUGCUUUUGGGGGAUGUUCUGGAUUGCCUCCCUUUGGAUCAGUGUGACAAAAUUUUCACUUUUGUGGAGAAAAAUGUUGCAACGUGGAAAUCGAACACAUUUUACUCUGCAGGGAAAAAUUACUUGCUUCGCAUGUGCAAUGACCUCCUAAGAAGAUUAUCUAAGUCACAAAACACUGUCUUUUGUGGAAGAAUUCAGCUGUUCUUGGCUAGGUUAUUUCCACUUUCAGAAAAGUCAGGGCUUAACCUACAGAGUCAGUUUAACCUGGAAAAUGUCACUGUUUUCAAUACCAAUGAACAUGAGAGCACUUUGGGACAGAAGCACACUGAGGAGAGGGAAGAGGGAAUUGAUGUGGAAGAAGGUGAAAUGGGAGAUGAUGAAGCACCAACAAGUUGUUCCAUUCCAAUAGAUUAUAACCUGUAUAGAAAAUUCUGGUCACUUCAAGAUUAUUUUAGAAAUCCUGUGCAGUGCUAUGAGAAGGUGUCAUGGAAAACAUUUCUUAAGUACUCAGAAGAAGUUUUGGCUGUUUUCAAAAGUUACAAAUUGGACGACACCCAGGCUUCCCGAAAAAAGUUGGAAGAACUAAAAACAGGAGGAGAACAUGUAUAUUUUGCAAAGUUCCUAACCAGUGAAAAGCUGAUGGAUUUACAGCUGAGUGACAGUAACUUCCGUCGUCACAUCUUGUUGCAGUACCUAAUAUUAUUUCAGUAUCUAAAGGGACAAGUCAAAUUUAAAAGUUCAAACUAUGUUCUAACAGAUGAACAGUCUCUUUGGAUUGAAGAUACUACAAAAGCAGUCUACCAGCUUCUUUCAGAAAAUCCUCCAGAUGGGGAAAGAUUCUCAAAAAUGGUAGAGCAUAUAUUAAAUACUGAAGAAAACUGGAACUCGUGGAAAAAUGAGGGCUGCCCGAGCUUUGUGAAAGAAAGACCUCCUGAUUCUAAGCCGAUGAGGCCUAUGAGGAAGAGGCCAGCUCCAGAGGACUUCUUAGGAAAAGGAUCAAACAAAAAAAUCCUUAUGGGGAAUGAGGAACUGACCCGCCUUUGGAAUUUAUGUCCUGAUAACAUGGAAGCCUGUAAAUCUGAGAGUAGGGAGUAUAUGCCAACACUGGAGGAAUUUUUUGAAGAAGCUAUAGAACAAGCAGACCCUGAAAACAUGGUUGAAAAUAAAUAUAAGGCUGUGAACAAUUCUAACUAUGGCUGGAGAGCACUGAGACUCCUGGCACGCAGAAGUCCCCACUUCUUCCAGCCAACAAACCAACAAUUCAAGAGUUUACCUGAAUAUCUAGAAAAUAUGGUAAUCAAAUUAGCCAAGGAGCUGCCUCCUCCGUCUGAAGAAAUAAAAACAGGUGAAGAUGAAGAUGAGGAAGAUAAUGAUGCUUUAUUAAAGGAAAACAAUGAAAGUCCAGAGGUGCAGCGGGACAAAGCCAUGACGGGCGAGCAGAUCGAGUCCUUCGCGCACAGGCUGGGGGAGCAGUGGAAGGCCUUGGCCCCCUACUUGGAGAUGAAGGAAUCUGAUAUCCGGCAGAUCGAGCUGGACAGCGAGGAUGUGAAGAUGAGAGCGAAGCAGCUGCUGGUGGCCUGGCAGGAUCAGGAGGGUGCUCAUGCCACCCCUGAGAACCUGAUCACAGCGCUGACCAAAGCUGGGCUUGGGGACCUGGCCGAAAGUCUCACCAACGACACCGAAGGCAGCAGCUAACUCGCCUCAGAUGCCAACUGACUGACUUGGGGCUGGGGGUGUUGGUAGUUGUGACUCUUCUGGUGCUUGCCAUUGAUCAUUGUUACUUUUGUUGCUAGGUAACAGAUUUUUGAUAGGUAUUUUAUGUUCAGUAAAUGAUAAAAAGGUUUUUAAUAAUACUGUUGGAUUGUCCACAUUGUCUGAGGAAAGGAUUAGUUGCCCUGGCCUGGAACUCGGAAGCUUCACCUUUGGUGGUAGAACAUAAAGGGGAGGAUGAAGAGCCCUGGCAGCUUUUGGGGGAGGCUGUGGAACGGUUUGGCACCAGCAGAACUCAGGUAAGUUCCGCUGGACAGAGAAUUGGCAAGCUUGUUCCACACAGCAGGGAAGGACUGUGUGUGAAGGACUUUGGAGUCACCCUUUGGGGUGAUGGGAGCUGAGCACUGUCAAACCCUGCCUGGUAGAGGUAAAAUGAGAGGGUUGUGAUGGCACUCCAAGGCACAAAACUGACUUCCAGGGAAGAAGUGCUGUACCGCUCUCCCAUUGAAGCACUGGUUCAGUCAAUGAUCAUGUUUUAAUUAGUGAUUAUUUUUAUCUUCUCAUUCUUUGGCUAUGUAGGAACACCCCUGAGUCCUGGUAAACCAAGAUUUUUUUUUUGUCACAGGUUACUCUGAAGGUUUUAUUUUAAGGCCAUGGUUGUCUGUAAGAUGGGUACAAGCUGUUUUCCCUCAAAAUGUGAGAGGUUUUUGUGGUGUUAAGUGGCAGCUGGCUACAACUUGUUCUGUGGCAGGUUUGUGUAGUGUUUCUGUCAUUCAGCAAGAUCACUCUGAUAGGUCAGUGUUUGGAAAAUAACUUCCACUGAACUCUGUACCUCUUCAGCUAUUCACUCAGCUGUGAAUUUUCAGCAUGGUUAGCUACCACCUGAGCAUUCCUGCCCGCAGAGCCAUUGGUGACUUUUGUGCCUGCUGCCCCACUUUGGACUUAAAUGUGAUUGGGAAUUUGAGUAGGGUGCCUCAGCGAAGGUUGGUGAGGCAGAGAUACAGGAAAAUUAUUGGAAAUAACAGUGCAGGUUUUAGCUCCUGCUGCAGGUAGGGGUUGGCAGAAGGUAUGAACUUCAACAGUUUCACCUGAUUAAGGGACUUGAGCAUAUUGUGAGUGGAGGUGUGCAGGUGUGCCUGACAACUUCAGUGCUGGGAAAGCAGAGGAUGGCAGUGGGAGGAUGCAGUUCCACAGAGCAGCAACCAAACACAGGCACCAUCUCUCCUUCCACUGGAAUAGGAUGCAGAACAAGAAUUUAACCCUGGAGAAUUUAACCCAUGUUUCCGUGGGGCCAGCAGAACAGAGCCAGUGCUGUUGGGGAGGGCCUCCUUCAUGGGCAGAACUUGCCUUUAAGCAUCAUGCCACAUACGCUACAGGCCCGGGUGUUUGGUGUGCUCCCAGGUGAAGCUGUGCAGGGAAGGUGGCACUGGAGUAACAAUUGCAAGGCAGAGGAGCUACAUGUGUGAUGGCCACAGCUGAUGGCAGUGUCCCCAGGGAAGGGUAAAGGACCUCUUCUCAUCAAGUGAGGCACAGGCAAACUCACUACCCUGCCAACAAAAGUAGUUCAUAGGAGUAUGGACAGCUCUUCCAGAAGGCACUGGGACACAUCAACACUGGGAACGUGCACAUCAAGAGCUGAGGGGGUUGAUGACCUUGAUAGUGCUUUUUGGGCUGGAGCCAGCGCUGAAAGGCUUUACUGCAGUCACACACAUUUAGUUAUGC